AUGGUGUGGUUCUUGGCCAUGUCGUCUUCUAGACGCAUCGUCUCGUCAUUAUUGGCCGCAUUUCUGCUCCAAACACGAAACGCUCUCGCUGUCGAUGUCGAGGCCGGUUAUGAUCCGUAUACGGCCGUGCAGGCCAUGGUCAACUUGGCCGAGCCAAUCCAUUCCCAAAUAGCAAGGCAAGUCUUUGUCUCUAAUGCUGCAGUCGGCGACCUAGCUUCCCUUGGUGUAUGGGCGCUGAAAUACAGCAACGGCGCUAUUUCACAUUGCCCCGAUGUUACAGAGCUCUGGGCUGAUAAUAUGGCCAUGUCUUUUCCAUUUUUGGCUUAUUUGGCUGUUCAGAAGGGAGACACAAGCUUAAUGGCUACAAGCGUUACUCAGUGCGGUCUGCAGCGUAAUGUACUGAAGACUAGCCAGUAUCUCAAUUGGCAACACAAUAUCGGCCCCCAGUCUCAGGAUAUAUAUGCCUUUGGUCCACCGAUAAAGGAAAUCCUUAAUGGCGCCUUGCUCUUAGGCUUUAACGACGGUUUUUUAUAUAAUUAUCUCAACGUCUUUACCUUUACGCAACUUAUAGAGACUGCGUUAAUACCAGUGCCAUCUAAAGUUAUUACUGUACUUAAUGCCCCAGUUACCUUUAGUGCUAUGCCUGCUCCCACUGACACUGUAUAUAGUGCUCCCUAA